UUGGUGAAAUGGCUUUCAAAUUUCCUAUGACCCGUUCGAAAGUCGCCGGAAUGGUAGAAACAACCCGGAAGAGAGAUAAGUUGGCGGAGGAGGUCAGUUCCGGGGUCGCGAGAAGUCAGGGUUAGGGUUUUUUACUGGGACUUGCCUGACAUCAACUUUUUUCCUCAUUCCAGCAAGGGUUUGGCGAGCACCUCAUAACCUCGUGCGCUUUCAAAGCAGCCAGUAGACAUUGUCACGCACCAUGGCGUCCAUCCGAGUCCCCGUACUACGACACCUCGCCGGCUGCCAGUCGCGCUCGUUGCGGGCCUCGCAACAGCGCCGCUGGGCCCAGGUCCACGAUGUCCGCUUCCUCGCGACGACGCAGCAGCCACGAAGCGUGCUGGAGAAGUACCGGGACAAGCUCGACCGAAAGGCCCGGGAGGAAGGCCACGGCGACAUCGACACGCUGAAGAAGGCCUACGCGGACAAGAUCCACGGCCUGCGCAAAAAGGACGCGAUACCCAUCCCGACAUCACCUGCACCGACAAAUCCCCCCACGCCAGAUCAAUCACCACCGCAACCCCUCUCGCCCGGCACCACCGCCGCCGCCGACGCGAUCACCUCCGCCACGAAAGCCACCUCCGGGCCCGGCACCACCCCAGCCGUCAAGCCCCUCUCCUCAUACCUCGACCUCGCCAAGGCGCGCACCCUCCCCGUCCCGGAGCUGACGGCGGUGUGGCGGCUCCGGCACGCGGCCUCGCCGCGCAGCCUGUGCGCCGUGAUACCCGCGCACACGUACGCCGCCAUGGAGGCGGCGGCGCGGCGCAGCCCGCAGUUCGUCCUGCCGGUGCCGCACCCGGGCCAGGGCGCCGAGAUUCACUUCCUGCAGUGGGCGUUUGGGGACGGGGCGGGGCAGGACUCGACAUCGUCGUCGUCCAAGACGUCCACGGUGCUGUUCACCCAGCUGGCCGAGUACAAGGCGCGCGGCGAGUUCGCGCAGCCGCACACGAGCGUGACGCACCACCUCGACCUGGCGGCCGAGAAGGGCGUCGUGCUGAUGGAGGGGACCGUGCUGGAGGGGAGGGGCGCCGAGAUCGACGACGCGAGGUGGCUCGUCAUGUGCCUGCAGAGGUUCUACGGCGGGUGGGACGGCGAGAAGGCGGACGGGCAGGGGGCCGGUAUCUCGAGGGAGAGGGCUGAGGAGAGGAGGAAGCUGUUGGAGUGGUUCGGGAAGGGCGACGCGAGGUUCAGCGUCGAGAAGCUGUUGGAGGAGUCCGAGAAGUUGGCUUAGACAGCGCCGUUUGGAGCAUGGCUAUGAUGCCUCGAGUGUACAUCACCUGUAUAUAAAGAUUCCAGGUCUUUUGUGAUAUAUUGAUGGACUCUUACUAGACUAGAAUUGCCCACCCAUAUAGAGACCAUCCAGAUAACGCGUCUGUGUUGAGACUUAAAAUAGAAGACCCCUACAUCAACCAACGGGCAGAAGAAGAACACCGAUAUUACAGCUUGGGCCCGGCAGCCCGCUCUUCUUUCCUCACCUGGUCCCUCAGGAUUCUCCGCAGGAUCUUGCCGC